CUGGAUCGGAAGCCGCAGGGAGGAGGAGGAGGAUCCAGGGAAAUAAAAACGACCGAGAAUGACCUCCAGCAAGCAAGCCUGAGCUGGGCCCCGUCCUCCCGCGUUGCCCCGUCCAACCUCCGCCCUCUCCGGCUCCGGCAUGGGAGACCGGGGGCAGCAGCCCGAACGCUCGGGCCCUCGCCCGCACCCGCACCCGCACCCACAUCCCCCGGGGGGCCCCGGCGGUACGGCGCCCCUGGUGAACGGCGUCUUGCACAACGGCUUCCACCCCCCCGCGCCACUGGCGCCUCCGCAGCUGCAGCCGCGACCCUGCGGCCGGGCCUCCGCGGGAGGCGGCAGCAGCGGCAGUGGAAGCAGCGGCGCGGACCCCCGGCCCCAACCGCAGGCGCAGCCGCAGCCGCAUCCCGACGGGCCGUCACCGCUCCACGACUCCCCGGCCAAGAAAUGCAGGCUCCGGAGGAGGAUGGACUCGGGGAGGAAGAACAGGCCGCCCUUCCCAUGGUUUGGCAUGGACAUUGGUGGAACACUCGUUAAAUUGGUCUACUUUGAACCAAAAGACAUUACAGCAGAGGAGGAGCAAGAGGAAGUGGAGAAUUUGAAGAGCAUAAGGAAGUACUUGACUUCUAACACAGCAUAUGGGAAAACUGGGAUCCGAGAUGUGCACCUGGAGCUGAAGAACCUGACCAUGUGUGGGCGUAAAGGCAACUUGCAUUUCAUCCGAUUCCCCAGCUGUGCCAUGCACAGGUUCAUUCAGAUGGGGAGUGAAAAGAACUUCUCCAGUCUUCAUACAACCCUCUGUGCCACAGGAGGUGGGGCUUUCAAAUUUGAAGAGGAUUUUAGAAUGAUUGCAGAUCUACAGCUCCACAAGCUGGAUGAAUUGGACUGUUUGAUACAAGGGCUGCUCUAUGUUGAUUCCAUCGGCUUCAAUGGCAAACCUGAAUGUUACUAUUUUGAAAAACCCACGGAUCCUGAACAGUGUCAAAAAAAGCCUUACUGCCUUGAUAAUCCAUACCCCAUGUUGCUGGUUAACAUGGGCUCAGGUGUUAGCAUCCUAGCAGUAUAUUCCAAGGACAACUAUAAAAGAGUUACAGGGACCAGUCUUGGAGGUGGAACAUUCCUAGGCCUGUGCUGUUUGCUGACUGGUUGUGAGACCUUUGAAGAAGCUCUGGAAAUGGCAGCUAAAGGAGACAGCACCAAUGUUGAUAAGCUGGUGAAGGAUAUUUAUGGAGGAGACUAUGAACGAUUUGGCCUUCAAGGAUCUGCUGUAGCAUCAAGCUUUGGCAACAUGAUGAGUAAAGAAAAACGAGAUGCCAUCAGCAAAGAAGACUUAGCCAGAGCAACUUUGGUCACCAUUACAAAUAAUAUCGGUUCCAUUGCUCGGAUGUGUGCCCAGAAUGAGAACAUUGACAAAGUGGUGUUUGUUGGGAAUUUCCUUCGAAUCAACAUGGUCUCUAUGAAGCUACUAGCAUAUGCCAUGGAUUUUUGGUCCAAAGGACAGCUAAAAGCUUUAUUCUUGGAACAUGAGGGCUACUUCGGUGCUGUUGGGGCCCUACUAGAAUUGUUCAAGAUGAACGAUGAUCAGUAAAGAUGUCACCUGAACAAAAGAUGGGAGAGAUGCCCCUGCUGAGGUUGCUGCUGCUGAAAGUGAAAGCCACAAUCAGGAUGGGAACGAAGCCAUUUUGGCAGUCGGACCUGCUGGAUUUGUAAAUAAUUUGAAAUCCUUCUAGCUGAUCUUUUACUCUUGGGGUUUUGAGCAUAGAAUUCAAAAUUCACGUGGGGAAUACAAGAGGUUCUUUUUUUUUUUCUUCCUGUAUACUGUAUUUUUUUUUAAGGACAAAAUGUGCAACGUGGCCAAAUGUCCCAGUUUUAUGCAUUCAUUUAAAAAAGCUGAAUAAUGUUUCAGAAGGACCUGAAAUGUAAUAGCUGUGUUUUUCUUCUGGGGUUUACUGAUCAGUGUGGUAAUUUUAACUUCAUUUAGUAAUCACUCUAGGAGAUUUUUAUCUUGACUUAUAUUUUUCAUGACGUUUCAUGAUUCGCUGUUGGUUUCAAAUGAAACUACAAAGCUAGCAUGUUUUACUGUGAACGUUUCCCCCCCCCCUCCUUUUGAGUUUGUUGUUUUUGUUGUUGUUGUUUUUUGUCUCAUAUUUCUGUCUGUGAGUGAAUGUCCCAUGGGAGGAGAGCAAUCUCCUAAGCUCAAUUUUUGUCCUCUUCCUCCACAAUGAGAGAACUCUUUUUGUAAACAUACAUUCAUAUUACCCAUGGUACUGACCACCCUACUGGCGUAGCAGUGAGAGCUAAGGCUUUAUGAAGUAACCAUGCAGUGAAGACUCCACACAUCAGAGUCACAGACCUAAAAAGAAUCUUAGACUAUAGAAUGUAGAACUGGAAGGUCUAGCCUCCCUCAUUUUACAGGGAAGGAGACAGAGACCCAAAGAGGAAAGUGAAUUGUCUAGUUUUGCAUAGCUGGUGAGAGAAGUGGGAUUAUAUCACAGUGGUAUAUACAACAAUCAUUAAAUGCCUGCUUAGAUACAGAGUACUUUUCGAGGCUCUGGAAAGGAUACAUUUUAGAUAAGAUAGCAUUGGUCUAGAAUGUGAGCAACUGAGUUAUCCCAUUCCCAGAGCCAAGGCUUGUUCUCUACCAUGUUAUAUCAGCAGACUGUGGCAGUAAGGAACAGAUGAACAUUUUUGUCUUGCUCCCCAUAAAUCCUCAAUAUCCAGUGGGAAUACACAAAAGAUAUUGGACUCUAUCGAGAAUGGGAAUUCUCACUUAGUUAAGUAAGUUGUAGGGAGUUGUCCCAGGUACACAGAAGUUACAGCUGCUAAGUGGUCCAAGUUAGGAUUCAAACCCAGGUCUUUGUGAUACCAAGCUCUACACUCUAGCCACUAGGUCAUGCCACCUCUUGGUUUAUUUUAUAUCAGCAAUUCAAUACUAAAUGAAACCUGAAACCCUUUAUGAAGAUAACUUUUUAAUGCCCACAAAGUACAUUAUGUUAAAUCUUUGUGCAAUAUGUUUGGUAUUUGAAAGGAGUUCUUCAAUAGAAUUCUGACCUCAUCAAAAUUCUGAUGCAAAUUGGAGGAUCACAAAAAGAAAAUCAUGGUAUGAAAUACCAGGUGAUAAUCAGUCAACAAAUUAUUUCUCUUUUUUUGUACAUAUGCCCCAGAGUGUUGUAAUGAGAAAUACCAUGAGUAGAAAUUUUUUAAUGUUUUUACUUUUAAUAUUUGGGAAAGAUGAUAUUUCUAAAACAAAACAAAAAAGCCUAUUUUAUUGAUUUCUUUCUGUCCAAAAAAUUAUUUCAAAAAGUUGUCCUCAUGAUUACUGACUUUGGUUCUGUUCCCUUCCCUUUUGCCUUUACUUUGAUGACCCUGGACUAGAAAGAACUGAUAUUUUUGCUUUGGCUUGUUAAAGAAGGGAAAUUAGGAAGGGUAGUCUGGAUCAAAAUAUAAAUUGGUUGGCUUCCCUCUGUCUUUUCAAUGCAGUCAUUAAUUUUUACAUCUUCAGGUUGUGAAGAAGUGGAUACUAAUUGAAGUGUUGACUUGUCUGGUUGAAAUAAAGCCCAUUCCUGUUGUGA